UAAUCAGCUGUUCCCCAGCGCGGUCAGCUGAUUGAGGGGAGCGGAGAGAUGAAUUUGUAGUUCCAAAAAUCGAAUCAGGUUGAAUGUAAAGAAGAAAUGAGGGAUGAAACAUUUUCUGUUAAAUAUAUAUCAGUACAUAAUUGCUUCUUGCACUUUUCAGAGAGGUGGCUCGAAAAGCUUAAGGGUACAGAUGCUCUGGCAUGUGUACUAAAACAGGAGUAUGGGUCAAAGAAGUGUGGAUAUUUCUCUUGGAGCUCAGAAUCUCAUAGCUCCAGUAAUAAUAAUAAUAAUGAUAAUAUUGUUGGUAUAAGUGCUACUUAUGCUCAGAAGCUGGGGUUAAAGGAUGGAGAAAAGGUAACAGUUUCACUUUGCUCCAGCAUUUCUCCAGUUAGCAGAGUAAAUGUAACUCCUGUAACAGCAGAUGAUUGGGAAAUCUUGGAAAUGAAUAGCAGUCUCGUUCAGUCAUCAGUGCUGGAUCAAGUGAGAGUCGUGUGGUCUAAGCAGAUUCUUGUGAUAUGGAUCUCCAGAUGUCUGCAUCUGUCACUGCAUGUUGAUGGUUUUGAUUCAACUUCUGCUGCUGGCCUUCUGGAGCCCUUGUCAGAUGUAGUGGUUACACCACCGGGGACUAACACAUCAGUUGAACACACAGACCUGCAAACAGAUCUUUUGAGACAAAAGCUACAGAAAUGUGAUGACCAAAUUGAAAAUUUGAAAACAAGUCAGUCUCUUGUGUCUGUGAUUUGGAAUGCUUUAAGGAGCUACAUGUCAGACAGUAGUGCCAACAAAGAAGAUAUGCUGGUAAAGUGUCUAUGCAGGACGGAAGCAGAGCAUCAGACCAUUGCUGUAUUGAAGAAGUAUAAUGACAAUCCUCUUCCUGUGGUUUACCGAGUUCAUCCUUUACAUCUUCCGUCAUCAAAACUUGAAAGAAAAAGUGAAGAUAAUUUGUUAUUACAUCCUUAUAAUGUGUUUGUCAGAAGAUGUUGUAUGCCAAGUGUGGAUACUGAUUAUGUAAAUAGUAGAAAAGGUGUAUUAACUUGUAAGUUGAUCAGAGUGUCUGACCCUUCAGGCUUUAAAGCCUCUCGUAGUAAACAUGGGAGUAAAAAUGAUGAAUCUCAUAUGCACGAGAAUUCCAUGGUAUCUUCAUUAGGAACUGUUUCUGCAAGUGUUCAUGUGCUGUUGUAUGUUAUUGAGGAUAUUUACAUGAGCCUCUCUGACAGUUUUAAAGAAUAUCUGGAUAAAGUGACAGUAAAUAAAGAAAUUGGACAUGACAGCUUAUUGGUGUCUGCUGUUACAAGAUCAGUUUUGGGUGUGGAGAUUGGUGAAAGAGUGAAUUUGGAAGUAGUUGACAGUGCAGCAAUGCCUCUUCUCUCUGAAAUACAAAUUACUCCACUGGGGAAUUGGGAAAAUAGUACCAAAGAAUUAGAAACCUUAUGUAGGUCUUACAUAGCUGAACAAGUGAAAACACAUUGUCUGCUCAUCAAUUCUGAAUCAUUUCUGCCUCUACAAGCAACUUCAUCUAGUACAACCCAUGUCUUAGUCAGCCUGUUACCUGCUGGGGUAGAAUAUGUUAUUCUGUAUCCAGACAUUGUCAGAAAGUGCAAGUUCAGAGUGAAGGAAAACACUUCACAUUUGAUAUAUCCAAGUGCUGAUAAAGAGUUGGGUAAUAAUGAUGCCCACAGUGUUCAAUUUGGUAACAACUUCCAGAAACUUGUAUCUGAAGGAAUAACAACCUUGGAAAUGAGUUUGCAUCUUACACCUCUUGUUACAAAACUUUUACCAUUCAGGACAAACUUGACAUCAGAUAAUAUCCUUAUUGUUGGACCUGCUGGCUCAGGGAAAACAACUCUUGCCAGAACAAUAUGCAAAGAACUGGGAAAACCUCCGUACUUUGUACAUUCUAUUGAAAUACAGUGUAAACACUUGAAAGGUAAGAAAAUGGAAACAUUACAGAAGCUUAUGUCUCAGUGGUUGUGUGAAUGCACUUACUGCCAUCCAGCAAUUCUCAUGUUAGAUGACCUGGAUUCAAUUGCUGGUACAGGAAGUUCAGCUCCAGGACAAUUAAUGUCUGAAGAAAGUAACUACUACACUAGAGUUGGUGAAAAGCUAAGUGAACUUCUAGAAGAGUUCCAGUUCUCAAAUUCUGUAUCAGUCAUAGCUACAGCCCCAUCUGUUUUGAAAAUAAACUCCUCCUUGUUAGUGCCACGUGGUCAACACAUCUUCAAAACUGUGUUGGAAAUUCCAGAGUUGAAUAAGGGUGACAGGGCAGACAUUUUGAAUAACAUAAUUUCACAACGGAGUAAUGUGACUGCUAAUGGUGCUGUUCCACUGGACUGGAGCUCAAUAACUUGCAGAUCAGAAGGCUAUGUUGUACAGGACUUGGUGGAUCUAGCUGACAAGGCCAUUUUUGAAUCUUACAAGAGAACAGUGUCUACUCAAGAAUGUGAACGUGCUUUGACUCUGCAACUAGACAAUAAUGACUUUGAAGAAGCCUUGAAUAAGAGCGUACCUUUAUUACAACGAGGACUAGAACUCUUUCAUGGUAGUGUCCACUCUUGGGAUGAUAUUGGAGGAUUGGCAGAAGUAAAGAAGAUCCUUAUUGAAGUUUUGCAGUGGCCUUCACAAUAUCCUGAAAUAUUUGAGAAUGCUCCACUGCGUAUUCAGUCAGGUGUGCUGUUGUAUGGAGCCCCAGGUACUGGGAAAACCCUCCUUGCUGGUGCAGUGGCAAAGGAAUGUGGCCUCAAAUUUAUCAGCAUUAAGGGUCCAGAGCUGCUGUCAAAAUAUAUUGGUGCAAGUGAAGAGGCAGUAAGAAAUAUAUUUCAAAAAUCUCAGAGUGCCAAGCCAUGUGUCCUCUUCUUUGAUGAGUUUGACAGUCUUGCACCAAGGAGGGGCCAUGAUAGUACUGGAGUGACAGAUCGUGUAGUGAACCAGUUACUGACACAGCUGGAUGGCGUUGAGUCUCUGCAUGGAGUCUAUGUUGUAGCUGCCACUAGUAGACCAGAUCUCAUUGACCCAGCUCUGUUACGGCCUGGCAGAUUGGAUAAAAUCAUAGAAUGUCCUCUUCCUGAUAGGGAUGAUCGUUUGUCAAUCUUGCAAGCACUCGGCCGCAAGCUUGUUCUGUCAGACGAUAUUGAUCUUAAAGAGAUUGCUGACAACACUGAAGGUUUCACUGGUGCUGACCUGCAGUCGUUGUUGUACACAGCUCUAAUUAAAGCUGUGGAACAAACUUUCACACCAAGUGAAGAUUUAAAAUCUGAACCUUCUGCUGGAGACUUCAGUGUUAAGUCUGGCAGUGUUAUUUCUGGUCCCAUGGUAACCCAGAGAGACCUCAAGGCAGCUCUAAGGGACACUGAACCUUCUUUGUCAGAAAUGGAGAGGCUCAGAUAUCAUCUGGUUUACGAGAGGUUUGAAAGAUCUCGAGGUGGAACUUCUGCCGAAGAGAUUGCCUCCGUGCCUCAAAGAGCAACUUUGGCAUGAUUACACAUUUUUACCAUCUGCUCAGAACAGACAGUCUAAUGAAACUAUCCCCUUCUUUUCCUAUAUUGAACUUUUAUUUGUCUUUCAUGGUGAAGGGCUUUGUGAUAUGUGCAUUAUUAUAUUCAGAAGCAAAACUGACUGAAUGUAACCGUCGAUGAAAUAUAAUCACAAAAUACGGAGUAAGCAGAAUUUAUUUACUGCUUUAUAGAAUAUAUAAACCACGCAUUACAGGAGAUAUUAAAUGACAUUAAGGAACCGCUGA